AGCUCAAUAACAGAGCUGUGUUAGUGGAGCUCUGCUUGUCAUGAAUGGAAAUAUUCUACUGAGAACAGUUUUAGUAAAACAAGACAGAAAGAAAAGGAAGCAAAUGGAAAUGAAAACUCUGAGUCUGAGCUUUUGGUACAUGACAAACUUCACUUUUAAGUUCAUGUUAAGUCAUGUUUAAUGUUUUAAUGUUUUAUUUCUAAUUAGAGAAAAAGGCUGAGCAGAAUGUCUCUCUGUCUGUCUUGGUCUCUCUGCUCUCAUUGUUUCUCUGUCCAGUGGAGGGAGAGCUGCAGCUUUUCACUGUUUAAAUGUUCUUCAUCCAACAGAGACAAACUGCUGGAGGAAAAUCAUUCAUCUGACAGCAAAGAUGCAGUGGAGUCUGAUUCUGCUCUUCCUGAUGGCUCAGUGUUGUUUCAUUGACUGUCAGCUCUAUCAGUUUCACUACAUUAAUCAGAAUAAGAACUGGACUGAAGCUCAGCAGUACUGCAGAGAGAAACACACUGACCUGGUCACAGUGACUAACAUGAAGGACAUGGAGAGACUCAACAUCUCAGCUGGAGGUCAGAGUGGAGCUUGGAUUGGUCUGAUCAGUAAACCAGAAUUUAAUAGAACAUGGUACUGGUCUCUGACUGGAGUGGAGUUCAAUGAAAGUGAGACAAACUGGAACCCAGGAGAACCAAGUGAUACAGGAAUUAUAGGAGAACAGAACUGUGGGGCUGUGUAUAAAAAUGUCACAUGGAACGAUCAGGGUUGCAAGUGGUCUGAAUAUUUUCUGUGUUAUGAUGAAACUAAUACAACCCAUAAAUAUCACCUGAUUAAAGACAAGAAGACCUGGCAGGAAGCUCAGAGUUACUGCAGAGAGAAACACACAGACCUGAUCAGUGGAACGAAGCAACUAGAGGAUGAAGAAGUGAAGAAAUUGAUGAACUCUUCAGAUCGUAACGCAUACUUUGGUUUAUUCAGAGACAAUUGGAGGUGGUCAGAUGGAAGCAGUUUCUCUUUCAGACACUGGAAUAAUGAAUUAGUUAAUCCAGAAUCUGUCAGUGAUCUUUGUGCCAAGAUUGAUGAUGGAGGCAGAUGGAAGAAUGAGAACUGUGGUGUAAGAAAACCCUUCAUCUGUUAUGAUGAUAAUGUGAUCCUGAUCAAAGAGAAUAAAACCUGGGAGGAAGCCUUGUACUACUGCAGAGAUCAUCACCAUGACCUGGUCACCAUCACCAACAUGGAUGAUCAGAGAUGGAUCCAGGAGAAAGUCAAGAACGCAUCGACUGAUUAUGUCUGGACGGGUCUGCGCUACACCUGCACUCUGGAUUUCUGGUUCUGGGUCAGUGAUGAGGUGGUCAUCUAUAAGAACUGGGCCAAAGGUGAACCGAUGGAUGACUGUGACAUGUCUGGAGCCAUGGAGACGAGAGGAAAACAUCAGUGGAGGAAGAAAAAUGAUCUUGAGGAAUUUAAUUUCAUUUGUUUUAAAAAUUAAAAUCAACUCUGUUAUUUUUUUCUUUCAUUGGCACUGAGCUUUUUACAUAAAUCUUGUUGUUUUUGGUUUUCUUGUGGUUUUAGUAACAUUUUAUUCACAUAUCAUCAUUUUACUGAAUAUGAGAUUGUUUUUUGUUCUGUGGAUUUACUGCACUGAAACAAACUUCAUUGUGAUUUAUUUACCAUGACAAAAACAUCUGAUUCUGAUUCUCAUCAUUUAUGCUUUUAGUUUGUCAAUUUUAGCUACUUUAAUAUUAUAUUUUAUUAUUAUACGGUAACAUGGCUUUGCUCUUUAAGUUCUUAAUAAUUGUAACACAUUAUUUCAGAAUAUUAUCAUUAGUUAUUCACUAGGAGUCAUCUUCUAUGAAGCACUUUGUGUUAUAUCAUACUGCAUAUAAAGUUCACCAUGAAUAAAGUUUGAAUUGAAUUUUUU